CUGUAAUGAAAAAACACAUAUUCUGUGUACAAAAGGGAUCCGAGCUGUAAAACUUGUGCCUGGAGAAGCAUUUUACUCACAUCUCAUCAUCUAAAGCUCAUACUUUGAACUACCUGCUUCUGUUCCUCUUUCACAAAGCAGGUGUGCACUCUGAUGCAGGUGUGGUCUUGCUGCAGGCUUUCAGUACUCUGGCCUCUGUCUAUAUAGUGGAACUCCAUCAGACGUUGAACCACACCUCCAGCACGAAUCACUCCCAAAACCAGACGUCCCACCACAGAUCGACUCUUGCAGCAUCUGGUGAACAUCCUGCAGCAGACAAGAGGAUAUCAGAGGGGGUUUUAUCAAGAACAGCACCAUUUGGAGACCCUUUGUCAAGAAUUUAUUGCACCUGAAGGCCACAACAUGAUAUAAAUAUUACAAGAGACUGCAGUCCAGAGGUUUCCAUUGAAUUAAAGCAAACUAAGUGAUAUGGAGACAGUAUCUGUGAACACUUCCCUGUUCUCUGGUAUUCACAGCAUCAGUACAGAUUCUCCCAAUCUGUCCAUGCGAUCUGUGGGCUUCACCAAUGACACGGAUUCUUUCCGCAGCAGCACACUUUUACACUGGAACUUCUUCCUGGCUGCCAACUAUAUCAGUGUGGUGGAGAAAUGCAUGAGUUCCAUGCAAACUGGCACUCAAAUGGUGAAACUGCGUGGAGGAUCAAAAGGUCUGGUGCGCUUCUUCUACUUGGAUGAACACAAGUCCUGCAUCCGCUGGAGGCCCUCCAGAAAAAAUGAGAAAGCCAAAAUCUCAAUCGACUCCAUUCGGGAAGUGUGUGAGGGGAAGCAGUCAGAGAUUUUCCAGCGGUAUGCCGACGGCAGCUUUGACCCCAACUGCUGCUUCAGCAUCUACUAUGGCGAGCACAUGGAAUCUCUUGACCUGGUGUCAGGUACAGGAGAAGAAUCUCGCACCUGGAUUACGGGCCUUAAGUACCUUAUGGCGGGAAUCAGCGAUGAAGACAGUCUGGCCAAACGACAGCGCACCCGUGACCAUUGGCUGAAACAGACCUUCACAGAGGCUGAUAAGAAUGGAGAUGGCUGUCUCAGCAUCAGUGAAGUCCUACAGCUCCUGCACAAGCUCAACGUCAACCUGCCCAGACAGAAGGUCAAGCAGAUGUUUAAGGAGGCAGAUACGGAUGAUAACCAGGGCACUCUGGGUUUCGAGGAGUUCUGCUCUUUCUAUAAGAUGAUGUCAACGCGGCGAGACCUGUACCUGCUGAUGCUCACCUACAGCAAUCAUAAAGAUCACCUGGACACAGAUGACCUCAUCCGCUUCCUUGAGACCGAACAAAAGAUGACCAACAUCACAAAAGAGCACUGCCUUGAAAUUGUUUCCAAGUUUGAGCCUUGUCCUGAAAACCAGACACAGUGUGUUCUGGGCAUUGAUGGUUUUACGAGUUACAUGCGCAGUCCUGCGGGUGAUAUCUUCAACCCUGAGCACUAUGAGGUGAAUCAAGAUAUGACUCAACCCCUCAGCAGCUACUACAUCGCUUCCUCACACAACACAUACUUGAUGGGUGACCAGCUCAUGUCUCAGUCACGGGUGGAUAUGUAUGCCUGGGUUCUGCAGGCCGGCUGUAGAUGUGUGGAAGUGGACUGCUGGGAUGGACAGGAUGGAGAACCAAUUGUACAUCAUGGCUACACACUGACCUCCAAAAUCCUCUUUAAAGAUGUUAUCGAGACCAUCAACAAAUAUGCAUUCAUCAAAAACCAGUAUCCAGUGAUUCUGUCCAUUGAGAAUCACUGCAGUGUCCCGCAACAGAAGAAGAUGGCUCAGUAUCUAACUGAAGUGUUAGGUGAUAAACUGGACAUGUCCUCCAUCCCCACAGACCCCUCUGGACUUCUGCCUUCCCCCGAAGCCCUGAAAGGCAAAAUACUCAUUAAGGGUAAAAAACUGCCUCCAAACAUAGAUGAGAAUGCGGAGGAGGGGGAUGUUUCCGAUGAAGACAGUGCAGAUGAGAUGGAAGACGACUGUAAACUCAUGAACGGAGAUACAUCUAUGAACAGGAAGCAGGCGGAAAAUGUUGCAAAGAAAAAGUUGGAUAACCUCAUGAAGGAGUCAAAGAUUCGUGACCGGGAGGAUCCAGACAGUUUCACCAUCACUGCAUUGCCACCUGCAGGAAAACCUCGUGACAAGUCAGCCUUGAAGGGAAAGCAUGAAGACAGCAUUGACACUGGAGAUGAGGCCAAUGUGGGAGGCAACAAGCAUCUGGCCAGAUCUUUCAUGGGGAGCUUCUCCAAAUGCAAGAAAAAGACGAGCAAGAUGAGAAAAUCCCCCAGUUUGGAGGACACAGACACCGAUCACGAGAGCUCGAGUGGGGCAUCUAAAGGCCCCCCGCAUCACAGCAGAAAGAAAAAGACCAUGAAGUUGUCGCGAGCGCUCUCAGAUCUGGUCUACACUAAAUCUGUGGGCAUACUGGACUUUGAUGCACAAGUGGGAAGCUGUAGUUGGCAGGUGUCAUCGAUGAGCGAGACCAAAGCCCAUCAGCUCAUGCAGCAGAAGCCCGUGCAGUUCAUGCGAUUCAACCAGCGGCAGCUCUCCCGUAUCUACCCCUCACCAUACCGCGUGGACUCGAGCAACUUCAACCCUCAACCCUUCUGGAAUGCUGGCUGCCAUCUGGUGGCUUUGAACUACCAGUCAGAGGGCAGAGUACUGCAGCUUAACCGAGCCCUGUUUUACAGCAACGGCAACUGUGGCUACAUCCAGAAACCCACCUGCAUGUGUGAAGGUUCUUUCAAUCCAGUAGCUGAGGAUCCUUUACCAGGCCGCUUGAAGAAACAGCUGAUUCUUAAGAUUAUCAGUGGCCAGCAGUUACCCAAACCCAAAGACUCCAUGCUGGGUGACCGAGGAGAGAUCAUUGACCCGUUUGUGGAAGUGGAGAUCAUCGGUUUACCAAUCGACUGCUGUAAGGAGCAAACCAGAGUGGUUGAUGACAACGGGUUCAAUCCGAUGUGGGAAGAGACUCUAGUCUUUACUCUUCACAUGCCAGAGAUUGCUCUUAUACGCUUCCUGGUUUGGGAUCAUGACCCAAUUGGACAGGAUUUUAUUGGCCAGAGGACCAUCGCCUUUAACAGCAUGAUCCCUGGUUAUCGUCAUGUGUAUUUGGAAGGCAUGGAGGAAGCUUCCAUCUUUGUUCAUGUUGCAGUGAAUGACAUCACUAGUAAGGUGCGAGCAGUCAGUGGUAUAAAAGGACUGUUUCACAGAAACCCAAAGCAGGCAUCUCUCGACAGCCAUGCUGCUGCUCUGCUCAGCCGUAAACCCACCUUCGGUGCUCACCUCCUGCGCCGCACAGCCAGUGCGCCCACCAAGGGCCAACCCAAAGUCAAGAGGGGCUUUCCUGAGAUCUCUACUGACACAAAAGACUGCAGCUUGGAGGGUGCCAAUGAGGAGCGUGAAUCGGAAAAGGGGCCACUUGUCCACCACAAUGGAGACACAGCGUCAGAAAAAUCGUGGGGUCUCAGCACCAACGGGCAGCUUCACCCUGACGACAGUAAAGAACAUUCUGAAGUGCAAAGUCCAAUUCCCUCUCUGAACACCUCAUGUCUGGAAUCCAUUCCUGAGGAAAUUCAGGAGAACAACCCUUUGACCUCCACAUACAGUCCUGUGGAUCCCUCAACACAUUGUCCCAGUCACUCCACUACAUUGUCUUCACCAUCCAUAGCAAUAAGAAUUUCUUCCAGUGGGGAAAAUCUUAAAAACUAUGAUGCAAUUCUGAAACCAUCUGCGCUAACCCAGUGUGUCAGUUCAUAUUGUAGUGAUGGCAAAGAUUCGGGGAACAGCCACAUCAAGUCUUCACUUUCAAUGAAUUACCUUGACAUUGGAUGUAAAACAUCCCCUCCACCAGACUGGGCAGAUACCGAGGUUGUGAGAAACACAACCAUUGAACCCAAAAUUGCUGAAAUAAAUUCAAGAAAGACUUUAGAGAUAGACACAAUAAAAGAAAACACCGCCAUUCAUAGCUCUCAGAAGGUUGAGGUGUUAAAGGCUGUGUUUGACAGAGAUAUCGGACGAAACUCCUCGCAAACAGGACUGAGAACUCCAGUCAGGAGGACCAAAAGUGAAGGACAAGUGAAGGCAGUAAAUAAAGUGGACAACCCUUCUGCGGUCCCUGAGGUCUCUAUCGACGCCACACUGAAUGACAGGCUCUGGAGCAAACUUGACCCCAGCAACCAUCGGGAUAGUGUGUCAUCGUCUUCCAGCAUUUCGUCCAAUGACACUGUGAUUGACUUGUCCUUGCCCAACCUUACCAGGAAGAGCCACACCUGUCUUGGUGCAACCCGGGACUAUUCGGACAACCAGGUGUCGAUGGCCAACAGGAGUGGCCAGCCUCGGUUGACCAUUGCGCCACACAACGUCCCAAGGGUCAGCAAGAGUAAGUCCAACCCCAACCUCCGGGAGGGUGAGAUGUGUGAGCCAGAGGACGAGUUACAGCCCAGGCCUCUGGUGACCGAGGAAGACGCCAGCCGGCUCAUGCAGAGACGCCACACGUGGAGCAGGUUGUACAUGGAGGGCUUAAAGCAGUCAUCGACCCUCGCUUCUGGCUCCAAUAAGUCAACCACCCCCUUAGCAAAAGACUUUGACAGCAGCUCAAAAUCCAAGAGUCUUGGAGAUCUCACUUCAGACGAUAUUGCCUGUAACUUUGAGAGCAAGUACCGCAGCAUUAGUCGCAGUUUCAUUGUGAGGCCCAGUCGCCAACAAUGGAAACUUCAAAAGAAACCACAAAACGACCUAACGGAGCAACUCAAGAAGCUCACUGAUGUGGAGCCCCUCACCAGCAAAGACUUUGCUCAAUGCAGGACUGAAGCUGAGGUGGGACAGGACGAGGAGGAGACUCCUCCUUUUAGGAGAAGCUCCUCACGGAGCCAAAGCCGGGUGAGAUACAUCGCUAACCGUGCCAGGCAAGCCCAGGAGAGGCAGCGACUACAAAGCCUCAGAACUACUGAUAGCCCCAUUGAAGAGCGUGGCAAUCCAGAAGGAGCUUGUAGUGUACCCCACAGUCCAUGUUCUAGCUUGGACCUCCUAAGCCAGCUUCCUCCAGGACCACCCCAACAAAGCCCCCUGAGCCCGGACAAUGAGGUCUUCUUCAUGCUCAGGCUGUGAAAGGACAAGUGUUUUGUGGGUUACGAACACAAAAUCUAAACACCAUCCUCCACCUACUGUACCAUUCAUUUAGAAACUUCAUUGUAAAACCAAGGAACAUUUUGAAAUUUCUUAUGUGCGCUUACUGUAAUACACCUUCCAUUUUGGCUUGAAAAAAUAAGUUGCACACAUACUUUUUUAUAUCCAUUCUUGACCUACUCCUAACCCUGAACAAUGAGCAGUCAAAGGGGAUGAAGCUUUAAACUUUUGGAUGCAACGGUUUGCUAGUUUGUACAAAUUAUUUGUAAAUGUGCAUGUACUUUACGAAAACAGCCAAAGUUGCAAGACCAGAGGAAUAUUUUUUUUAAAUAGUGUUAAAAUAUGCUUGCACCUAAUCUAAAAUACUAUACAAAACUGAAACGUUCUAAAAUUAGAUUAUGCCAGUGGCAUUUGUGGUACUGUAAUAUGGAUUGUAGUUUUGUUUUUUGUUUUUUGUUUGUUUGUUUUUUCAUUUAAAACUGUGUCCUAACCAAGUGUAACACUUUUUGUAAUUGUGAGUUUUUGUCCUAAACAACCUGUAACCGCGAUGAGUGACAGGAAAUUUUUUGAGCUGUUUGUUGUUUAUUUCUGAGACAUCACACUAGGUAGUCUCUCCCUUAGUGAAAUUUAAUUGGUCCAAAAACUCACAAUGUAACUGUAUAUUAAACUUCAAAUGUGUUCUGAUUGACUCUCUUCUAACUGUGUGGCAUUGCAAAGCAUUUUUGCUUUCAGUAUGGAUAGACAAAUUACUUGUUACUGGAAACUUCGUUGUAUCGUCAUACUUAGUUAGGACAUUGUGGAAGGUGCAAUUAUCAGCUGCAGCAAUAGAUAAUAAAAUGCACAUUGAGCUGUAAGCACUACUGAUUCAAUUCAAAAUAAUUCCAUGGAUUUACAUAUUUAUUAGUUUGCAGUGAAAUACUAAUGCAUUUUGUCUGUAUUGUAAAAGGUAUGAGGACAAUUUUGUAAUUAAGCAUGGAAUGUACUUGUCAGAAUAACUUAUUGUCCAUUGAAAUGACUUUUUUUAAUUGUUUUAGUUGUAGUAAAAUUAAUGACUGCUAUUUUUUUUCUAUAGUUUUAAAGUUACAGUUACAUUACAACUGACAGUUUGAAAUUAACAGUUAGCUUCUGAUGUUUCAAAGUGUAGCUCAGUAAAAUGUCCACUUUAUGUACAGUAGCCAACCUUUUGAAUUUUACUGUGUUCCUUGAUAUUAUUAUUUCACCAAUGGUCUACUGCAGUGGUUCCCAACCCUGUUCCUAGAGGACCUUAACACUGCACAUUUUGUAUGUCUCCCUUAUCUGACACACCCAAUUCAGGAGUUUCUACUAAUGAGCUAAUGAGUUGAAUCAGGUGUGUUUGAUUAGGGAGAUAUCCCAAAUGUGUAGUGUUGGGGGACCUCCAGGAACAGGGUUGGGAACCACUGAUCUACUGUAUUCUUAUGUUUGAAAGGUUUAUGAUUUAUAAAUGUACAGUCGGAGUCUAGAUGUGAAGAGUUAUGUAGAUGUUAUUCAAUUUUGUUUUAGUAAGUACACUAAAACGUUUAUUACUUUUUUUUUUUUUUAAAGAACCCUGCUCAGUUAGAGGAAAAUACAUUUUUACCAAGUAUAUAUUUCUGUCUAUACAUAUAUAGUUUUUUUUUUUUUUUUUGCUGUAUUAUUUGUGCUGAUGCAAGUUAACAAAUACUCCCUGAUUGUUAGCUGUUAAUUUCAACUUCAAGGGGGUAAAAGAAGUGACAACCAAUUAUCUUCUAUAUGUUUACCUUUUUAAAAAACUUUUUAAUCCUGUGGUGGAAGAUAUUUUAUUAGCUGAAAGCUUAUUUGUGAGUUCCUAACAUGACAAAACUAUUUUGUCUAUUACUAGCAAGUCACAGACUACUUAAGUAUUACCUUAGAAGAAUCCUAAACAAAUUCUUUGUUUUCAGGGGUAUACCUGUGCAUAUACUGUAUGUGUGUGUAUAUAUAUAUAUAUAUAUAUACACACACACACUGUAUAUAUACUGUACAUACACACAUUGUCUGUUUCAUAGCACUAAUGCACAACAUAUCUACUGACACUAAACAUAUGUAUUCCAUUUAUUAAUAGGAAGAUAUCAGUGUGUGCCUUAAUUAGAUAAGGAGUGAACACUGUCUGUCAAUCACAGAAAGAAAGUAUUCUAGUGAAGUAUAUUUUGCCAUAUAAACAAGGAUUUUUUCUCGCUGAUCAUGUUACAGUGCAUUUACAUAAUUACUAAUGAUAUACAUGUACAUACAGUUUUACUAAUGAUAUACAUGUACUGUGUAACUGUAAUUAUUUUG